UCCUUUGGUAUCACUCGCAUUACGAACUCAAGAUCGAACCAAGUACCGAUCAACCGAGCAACAAUGGCCUUCAAGUUCAUCGCUUUCGCUACGCUGCUCGCCGCCGCUAAUGCCGGCGUAAUCGCGCCCGCGGCCCAGCUGGCCUACGCUCAUGCACCCUUGGCCUACGCCGCGGGUCCCGCCGUGGUCGCUGCCCCAGUCGCUAAGACCGUGGUGGCCAAGACCAUCGAGCCCGAUUACGACCCGCAUCCCCAGUACAGCUACUCGUACGACGUGCACGACAGUCUGACCGGCGACGCCAAGAGCCAGCAGGAGACCCGCGACGGUGACAUCGUCCAGGGCAGCUACUCCCUCCUGGAGGCCGACGGAACCAGACGCAUCGUCGACUACACCGCUGACCCCGUGAACGGAUUCAACGCCGUGGUCCGCAAGGAACCCGCUGCCGUCGCCGUCAAGGCCGUCGCCCCUGCGCCUCUCGCCUACGCCGCUCCCAUCGCCAAGAUCGCUACCCCCUUGGCGCACGCUCCACUCGCCUAUGCCGCCAAGUUCGCUCCAGCUCUUGCUUACAGUGCACCCAUCGCCAAGAUCGCCGCACCCAUCUCCUACGCCUCCGCUGCCUACGCACCCGCUGCCUAUGCCGCCCCAGCUACCUACCUCCACUGAACUGUGACCUGAUCGCCAUUUAGGAAGGAUGUACUUGUCGAGGAAAUUUUACUCUUUUUUCUCAGCAAGUAUAUAUAUACAUUUAUAUAUAUAUAUAAGUCGCGCGAAAGAGAUAUAGAUUUUAGAUGUAGACCUUCGUUCAUUUUCAAUAUGCUUUGUUCCAGUAAUUAAAUUGAACUCUAGAGAAAAGUGAUCUAAUUUAGAUUAUAGAAUUAUUAGGAUAAUUAUUGAAUUGAGUUUUAAAUUUUAGAGUAAUUAUUGUAAUUUUUUUGUGUGAAUAUUUUAUUCGUACUUGGAGAUUUCUUUCUAUUCUCUCGUCAUGAUUACUGAUCGACGCGAGUCAAGAUCUCAAUUGGGCAAAAUUGUUGAAGAUGCGUAAUGUCAAUAUCUAUAUCUCCCCUCUUUGUAAAAAUAGAUCAUCCAUCAAUAAAAACUGCAUUGUUUGACAAAUA